AUGCCUCCCAUCAACCUCUCCAGCGGAUAUCCCGCACCAUCACUCAACCCCAUCAAACAACUAAACCAAGCCACCAAUACCGUCUUUUCCACUCCCAAAAUAUGGCACAAUGGCAUGAUAUACGGCCCAGACGCAGGCUACGAUCCGCUACGAGAAAACAUCGCGCGGUGGCUCGCCCAGUUCUACCACGGCGGCGACGAGGCACAAAUAGGCGCCGAGCGGAUAUGCAUUACUGGCGGUGCGAGUCAGAAUCUUGCUUGUCUGCUACAGGUCUUUACGGAUCCCGUCUUCACGAGGAACAUGUUCAUUGUUGAGCCUGGGUAUUUUCUUGCAUUUCGGAUUUUUGAAGAUGCAGGGUUCCAUGGCCGGUUGAGGGGUGUUCCUGAGGAUGAGGAGGGGAUUGAUCUUGGUUUUUUGGAGGAGCUGCUGAAGAGGGAUGAAGAGGCUAAUCCGGUAAAUGAAAUUAUUAAGCCAUUCAAACCACCAAGGCCAUAUCGGAAGCUCUACCGCCAUGUCAUCUACUGUGUCCCGACCUUUUCGAACCCCUCCGGUAAGGUAAUGAGUCUGUCCAGACGAAAGGACCUGAUUCGACUCGCGAGGAAGUAUGAUGCGCUCAUCAUCACGGACGAUGUCUAUGACUUUGUCCACUGGCAGAUGGACACGCCUUCGGAUGACCCAGGUGCCCGCAGCUUCAGUAAUAUCUUACCACGACUAGUCGACCUCGAGCGGACGCUUGACGACGGACCAAUUGACCGUUUUGGUAACUGUGUGAGCAAUGGCAGUUUCAGCAAGUUAGUCGGACCUGGGUGCCGCGUUGGCUGGGCGGAAGGGACUCCCGAUUUUGCUUUUGGGCUUUCCCAAGCAGGGUCCUCCCACUCUGGUGGCGCUCCAUCGCACCUCAUGUCGACAUUCAUUAACGAGAUGGUGGAUGGCCGAUCAACUAUCUCUCUGACGUCGCAUAUCCAGGAUACCCUGAUUCCAACAUACUCAAGACGACACAAACUUCUCUUAUCAGCUGUCCUCCAGUACCUAGUCCCACUGGGAAUUAUACCUCCUGCUAACCAGUAUCACGUGGGUGGUGGAUUCUUCCUCUGGCUGGAACUGCCGAAGGCGUUGACAAGCACUGACGUUGUUACUGCGGCGCGACAAGAUGGUGUUCUUAUUGCUGACGGGACAGUCUCUGCUUUGCCUGAGGAGAACGAUGCCCGGAGUGAUUAUCGCGAUUAUAUACGGUUAUGCUUUGCAUGGGCUGACGAGGACCGGCUGGCGGAGGGGGUGAUUAUUCUGGCGGGGACACUGAAGCGGUUGUUGGGACAUGAAGGCCUUUCGAAUGGGCGAUAG